AGAAAUAUGGGUGAAGUCGAUGCCACAGUUCAUUUAUACAAGCGUGACCUGUACGUAUCAGUCAGUGUAGAAAUAGCAUUUAUACUGAUCGAUGGUAAUACACUGUUCGAUUUGACUGCGGAGCAAUUAGAAUAUGUACUAAAGAUUGUACUCCUGAAUCGAUUCGCGACCGACAUUCAUUACAUUUGGAAUAAAUUACCGCAACACAUAAGAGUUGAUCCAGAGGUUCAGUCUUAUCGCAGAUGUCUCAUACAUUAUAAUCGUCCAGAUCAACGUACACACAUAGACGGGCCGCCACCUAUGAAGGACUGUUACCUAUGCAUAACAAAAGGACAGGAGCAGGACUCAUAAAUACUCUGAUAGACAAAUUACCGUUCGAGUUACACGUACCAGGAUAUCAAUUCUGCGGACCCGAUACGCGCUUAGAAAAACGUUUAGCUCACGGUGAUCCAGGUAUAAAUCCACUGGAUACAGCCUGUAGAGAGCACGAUAUUGCAUACUCUCGAAACAAAGAUUUGACAAAUCGUCACAAGGCAGAUCAAGUUUUAACCGAUUGUGCACUUCAGCGAAUAAUUGCGAAGGACGUCACGUUUGGUGAAAGAGCAGCUGCGACAGCUGUGUGGACUGCAAUGAAAACUAAGACGAAGCUCGGAAUUGGGCUCAAGACGAAGAACAAGAGCUGUAGUAAGAGAAAGAGUAGUAGUAAGAAAAAGAAACGUGUUCUACCGAUUGCAAGACGUGGUGGUUUCCUCCCAUUCCUCCUACCUGCAUUAUCAGCUAUAGGAGCGUUAACCGGUGGUGCUGCUGGUGUGGCUAAGGCUGUGAAUGAUGUGAAGGCUACACGAAAACAGUUGGAGGAAGUGCAACGUCAUAAUCGUGCUAUGGAAGGUCGCGGACUUUAUCUCGUACCAUACAAGAAGGGCUCCGGUUUAGAGAAAAAAAAAAUUUGAUUCAUGAAGAGCUAGGAACACGACCGAUGACAAAUAUUCAACUCGAGAGUAUAGGGAGAAAACAUAUACCAUAUUUUCGCGGCGUAUAUAUGCGUGAUAGACUUCCGGCAAAGAUAAAAACAAAUGAGAGUGGAAUAGUGAAUUUGGAUCAAAGCAGAGAGAAAAAUGCAUGGAUAUAGGAAUACAGGGAUGGAGCAUAAACCCGUACUUUAGACGAGGGAAGUGAAGACAUCUCAGCAGUGCAGGGAGGUAUAGUCACGUGGU